CAAAAGAGGGAAAAAGUAGGAAAUAUCCUGCAAACGGUUCUAAAUAAGGCGUCCCGGCGAACCGCUCGCGUUUGGCUCGUCCGCUGUCGGUUUACUGAGCUACCACGUAUGUGAAGACGUUUGUAUAGAGAUUGUUGACUGACUUACACCGAAGGAAACGACGAAUUGCUCUUAUAUCAAACCGAAUUUAUCCGAAAAGGGCGCAUGGGAUAACAAACAUUUUGCAAAAACAACUUGAGGCAGCUUAAAAAUAUCUGAAGUUACGCCGUCAAAUGUAUUGGAAAAAUGAAGCUCUGGCCCCUCUAUCAGAGGGAAAUCAGUUUCUAUCCGAAGGAAUUCCCUCAAAAAAGGUGAUCUCUCCAGAUUCGCACAGCACACCGGGAGCAUCACGCUGCGUGGACGGACAACACCGACACGCGAUGUCACAGUCUGACGGAGAAUCUCAUAGAUCUAAUAUGGAGAAAGACGACACGCGCUCCUCGCCCAGUCCGCCCUCAACUCCGUCCAUCUGCUCGCCCACGUCCACCGCCUCCUCCGUGCCGUCCACCGGGAAGAACGUGUGCGCGAGCUGCGGACUGGAGAUCCUGGACAGAUACCUGCUUAAGGUUAAUAAUCUGAUCUGGCACGUGAGGUGUCUGGAAUGUUCCGUCUGCAGGACUUCACUACGCCAGCACAGCAGCUGCUACAUUAAAAACAAGGAAAUCUUCUGUAAAAUGGAUUAUUUCAGUAGGUUUGGUACAAAGUGUGCCCGUUGCGGCCGGCAGAUCUACGCCAGCGACUGGGUCAGACGAGCCAGAGGAAACGCUUAUCAUCUGGCCUGCUUCGCCUGCUUCUCCUGCAAACGGCAGCUGUCCACCGGAGAAGAGUUCGGCCUGGUGGAGGAGAAAGUGCUCUGUCGGAUCCAUUAUGACACUAUGGUGGAGAACCUGAAACGGGCCGCUGAGAGUGGAAGUGGACUCACUCUAGAGGGGGCGGUGCCGUCGGAACAGGACAGUCAACCAAAACCAGCCAAAAGAGCACGAACUUCCUUCACUGCUGAACAACUGCAGGUAAUGCAGGCUCAGUUUGCACAGGACAACAACCCUGAUGCUCAAACCCUACAAAAACUGGCAGACAUGACAGGACUGAGCAGAAGAGUCAUACAGGUCUGGUUUCAAAACUGCCGAGCGAGACAUAAAAAGCACACUCCUCAGCACAGCGGUCCUCCUCAAGCUCAUCCGCAGGCCCGAAUGCCACCCUCGCUACCCGACGAGCUGCAUUACUCUCCAUUCGGCAGUCCUGAGAGAGCACGCAUGGUGGCCCUGCACGGAUACAUCGACAGUCAUCCGUUCUCAGUCCUCACCACACAGAGUCUCCCUCAUCAGGCCAUGACGUUGCCGCAGCUUCCUCUUAGCCGCUAACACCCGCACUGACCUCUGACCCCUUCACCCCGACCUGCUCCAACCACCCCAGAGGUCCUGCUCUUGACCUCAGAACCUUGCAAGGAGAGACAUGACAGUGUUUCCUCACUGACUUCAUUGGACAGGAUUUUACUCACCUGUUGAGGAAAAAAAAAAACACACGCAUGGGUGACCUGUGAAUCUGUGUCUCGCUAAGACCAGGAUCUGGACUUCACACUGUAAAGACUAGACUCUUCUGACUCAGCGUUUGGAAACUCUGAAUGCAAACAAAAGGAAUGUAAAAAGUUACCAGCAUCAGUGUUAUAACAUGUAGAUUGAAAAAGGCAAAAGCACACACAAUGUGGAUGGGGAAUAAAUGACAUAGGAUCAAGUGGUAAGACAUAUUUUAUCUCUUUUUUACCCCCUCGCUGAAACGUGCCAUGAUUAAACGUGUUCUUUGUCGCCUAAAAAGCUAGACUUGUCCACAGUUUUGAGUUUAAAAAGACUAUAAGUUGUUCAUUGUUCUUAUGGCAAGACACUACAGGUGAAUAGAUUAAUAGAUUUGUUUUAUCACACUUCCACAGUGGAUUGAUCACAUUAAAAACUGCAAACAUUUUCUGUUACUGUAUGCUUAAAUAUGCAAACGAGACAUUAUUAAAUAAACUCUAAUUUGCAUAUAAUGCUAGCA